AUGGACAGUCCUCACGGGACAUCUCUCCUAGAAUACGCCAGGUUCCACGGAAUUGCCAUUGAUCAUCAGGCAGUUGAUCCCAUCGAUCUUGCUACUCCAUUACCUGAAGUCGAAGGCGUUAAUCAUGACUUCUCAGAUCCCCAAGACGCACCAAUUCUGGACUUCUCUGCCUCACUGAAUUCAAUUGAGAAUAAACUGCGAAAAGAGAAGCUUGAAGUGGGAAAAAAUGCCGCGAUUUUUCUAUCGUCUGUUCUGGCAGAGAUCGCGUCUGGUGGUGGUGGUAUCACCGACGCUGAAUGGGACGCGUCUCUUUCAAAGUAUCGCCGUGUCAACGAUCUGAAGCUUGAAUCUCCUCUCUUAACAGCAGAAUGCGUAAAUGAAAUAGCUAAUUUCGGCAAACGGCCUUCUCUCGAUACAAUCUUGUCAGAUCCCCUCCCCCUUGAGAAAGAGCAGACUGAGAAUGAUGAGGGACUUUCUUUUCCUGAUUACUUCUUGGAACUACCGGACGAAAUCUGGGCUGAAGUGAAGUCUGAGAAGCUGGACUGCUCCAAGGACACCCUCCGAUUGCUGCAUGAAGUGCGAUUGCUUGAUGAGAAGACUUUCGCUAGGGAGACAAUAGAAUUGUUCAACAGGGCAGUGGAUUUGAGCGAGAAUCGCCCUCCAAGACCAAUAUCUCCCCUUUAUCUCGAACCAGAAACCCAGUUUACGACGUCUGUUCGUUCCUCACCGGCUGCUUCUCUUUCACAGACGUCGAACAUCGAGUUUCCUUGUACAGAUCUAGACAAAACUGAGGCAGAAGGACGAUCAACAGGGACAAUUGAGUCUUCAGGAUCCAUAUCUAAUUUUGAUAGACACAAUUGCACAAGGAAUAGUGACCCUUCUCUGGAGAAAUUGGAUGAAUUUUCCAGCGUCCCUUCUGCCAACGGGAGAUCACAAUCAGGGUGUCAGGAUGAGCAAAGGAAAACUUCACGCACGAAUACCCCGUCUUUCUCGUCCGAAACUGCAUGGGAAAACAAUAAUAAUACACGGGCCUCGGGAGACUCAGAGAAGCAUGCAGAGAUUGACGUCAACACUUCCCCAGAGACAGUUCCGUCAACUACUGCUGCGCUGCAAGUUGAUAACACUCCUUCUGAACUUGUAUCAGUUGCAAUGCAAGCUGUGGAAACUAUCUCAAAAAGAAGGUCCUUAAGUCUUGUUGGGCAGGAAACCAGCGAAGGCGUACCGUCUCUAUCACCAGAAUUCAAUAUAUCCACAUCAACAAAGGAGGGUUAUCCUAGUGUUAGCCCGUAUUUUGUACGCGAUAUGCAGUACCACAAUUCAACCGGUACAAUUUGUCUUUCGGGGACAGACACGAACCACGACCCAUCUUUGGAGUCUCUCCAAUCGGGCAUGAAAGCUGUCAACACGAACGAAGCUAGCCAGAAUAACGAUUGCGUGGAAUCACUUGCGAAUGAUCUCAUGACAGCUCCUACGAUUGGCAAUUCUCCGUUGCCAUUAACGGAGCAGGAAUUACAUGGACGACAGUCGGACGACAUGGAAUCCCUCGAUCCGGGCAGGUCUGUUGAAGAGCCAAGCCCUAAGAGACUAGGUCUAGUCCAUAGAAACUCUGUCGUCAACCCCCUGGAAGAAGAUAGAGAAACUCAUCAAGGAAGCCAAAAGAAAGACGCCAACAAAGAAAUAACUGUCAGAGAAUCCGGAGAAGGGUCGGAUUCCCAGCAGAUCAGAGGUAGAUUCUGUAACAUGGGGAAGUCCAACUUCAUGUUUUCAUCAGCAAUGUCGACUCUGGGCACUCUGUCCACAUUCAUGGAGACCAGAGGAAGAGAAACGAAGAGAAGGAAAAUUGAAAGCAGCCCCUACUUUGACAAACCGCCGUCUGAUAGUGUGGCGACAGAGAGUUCUACCAUCCAAGGACAGGUUCAUGAAACUCACGAUAAUGAAAAGAUACCAACAGAUCCUGAUCCUGAUCCUGAUUAUAAUUACUUGACACCUCUGGUACCCCAAAAUGAGCAUCAAUUCAAGACACCUCUGCUGCUCAUUGUAUCUGCUGUGCUCUUACAGUCCGAUCGCCAUCUUGUGCGGAGGCUUGAAAAUUUAUCGCCAGCUCCGAAACUCAUAUUUAGAGAUUAUACGAGCUUUUCGAAUCGUGGUGUCAGAUCAAAAGAAAUAAUAACUGAAGAAGAGGAACACGAAGCGGAUAUCAUCGUCUCACCGCAAACUGGAAUCAUAUUGACCACGUCCCAAGAAACAACGCAGGUAUACCUUCCGGGUCACAAGAAGAAAGCUUCGUCCUCCUCAAAAGCAGAUAACUCGACUAGUUUCGACUCCCCUCUUCGAGAGCGAAUUGCCCGUGUUGCCAUGCGAUACGAACUGAUCUACGUCCUCAUUCGUUUGCCUGUACUGGAGACCAGGAAAGGUCCUGCCACGGGCGUUGACAGGACAAGUCCAGAUUCAAAGUCACAGUCACGGCCAGAGCCUAUUGCAACCGAUCCUAAAACCCUCUCUUCAAUCCGAUCUUUGACAGCCUUUUGCGCCUUGCUUGGCCAGUUUUCAACCGUGAUUCCGCUCUUGGUGCCAGCGUCUGAGGCAGAGCUCGUGGAUUGGAUCUGCUCUAUCGCGCAGAAACACACGCUCAGCACUGCAGGGGUAUUUCCUCCAGCAGAAGAGUCUUCUUCGGGAGUGAUCUCAUCAAUCAGCAGCGACCAUUCCAAGGAAGAAUCCCUCCCAUCAUCCUUCUCCCGCUUCUCCUACCUCGACGAAGAAACCCAAUGGGAGCUCUUCCUCCGUCGAGCCGGGUUCAAUCCGUUCGCUGCGCAGACGGUGCUGGGGAUAGUGAAGACAAUUUACCAGAGGGAUAAUAAACAAGACACAGGGCCCACUGACUCCAGCAUAUUCCCAGAUAUUCCAACCACCACCAACGCUUCCACCGUUAGAGAGUCGAUGCCCGGUCAAGCUCCAGCUGGACUAUCACUAUUCAUCGAACUCUACCCCUCAGAGCGAGAACAUCUGUUCGGAAAGAUUGUUGGAGAAAGAGUCCUGCGCCGUGUGGAAAGGUGUAUUGUUCAAGACUGGCAAUUGGACUGGGCGCUGGAUCUGGAUGUAGAUAUUGAUAUGGACAUGGAUAUGGAUCUGAAUAGCUAG